UGUUUCUUUGGGCCAAUCAGAGAGGAGCAUCUCCUCACUGCGGGCCAAUAGAUUGCGGGUCCCGGGCCCGCGACGGUUAAACGGGGCUGGACGCUGAGCGGCCAGGCAGCAGGCUCGCAGGAGGGUCUGGGUCGGUGAAUGCAGCUCCGGGCUGCAGCGCGACCUGCGGGAAUCCCGCGGCGGGCCUGGCCAUGCCGACUCGGGCGGAGGACUAUGAGGUGCUGUACACCAUUGGCACGGGCUCCUACGGCCGCUGCCAGAAGAUCCGGAGGAAGAGCGACGGCAAGUUAUUAGUUUGGAAAGAGCUUGACUAUGGCUCCAUGACAGAAGCCGAGAAACAAAUGCUCGUUUCUGAAGUGAAUUUGCUUCGUGAACUGAAACAUCCAAACAUCGUCCGUUACUAUGACCGAAUUAUUGACCGAACCAACACAACACUGUACAUUGUAAUGGAAUACUGCGAAGGAGGGGACCUGGCUAGUGUAAUUACAAAGGGAACCAAGGACAGACAGUACUUAGAUGAAGAGUUUGUUCUUCGAGUGAUGACCCAGUUGACCCUGGCCCUGAAGGAAUGUCACAGACGAAGCGAUGGUGGUCAUACUGUGCUGCAUCGGGAUCUGAAACCAGCCAAUGUUUUCCUGGAUGGCAAGCAAAAUGUUAAGCUUGGUGACUUUGGGUUAGCCAGAAUUUUAAACCAUGAUACGAGUUUUGCAAAAACAUUUGUUGGCACGCCUUAUUACAUGUCUCCUGAACAAAUGAGUCGCAUGUCCUACAAUGAGAAAUCAGAUAUCUGGUCACUAGGUUGUUUGCUCUAUGAACUGUGUGCAUUAAUGCCUCCAUUCACAGCUUUCAACCAGAAAGAACUAGCUGGAAAGAUCAGAGAAGGCAAAUUCAGGCGAAUUCCUUAUCGUUACUCUGAUGAAUUGAAUGACAUUAUUACGAGGAUGUUAAAUUUAAAGGAUUACUACCGCCCUUCUGUUGAAGAAAUCCUGGAGAAUCCUUUAAUAGCAGACUUGGUUGCGGAAGAGCAGAGGAGAAAUCCGGAGAGAAAGGGGCGACGAUUAGAAGAACCAGAGAAGCCGCAGGAGUCCAGCCCCGUGCUGAGCGAGCUGAAGCUAAAGGAAAUACAGUUACAGGAGCGAGAGUGGGCCCUCAAAGCAAGGGAAGAAAGGCUGGAGUACAAGGAGCGUGAGCUUUGUGUUCGUGAGCGGCUGGCGGAGGACAAGCUGGCGAGAGCGGAGACUCUGAUGAGGAACCACAGCCUGCUGAAGCAGCACCCGGCCCUGCCUCCGGCGUGCGGCCCAGAACAUUUUGAUCUUCCAUCCUCGGUAAUUAAGAAGAAAGUUCAUUUUGGUGGGGAAAGUAAAGAAAACGUCCCGAGUGAGAAUUCUGAGGGUCAGCUCACCUCCAAAUCCAUGUGCAAAGACCUGAAAAAGAGGCUUCACGCUGCGCAGCUGCGGGCCCAAGCCCUGUCAGACAUGGAAAAAAAUUACCAGCUGAAAAGCAGACAGAUUCUGGGCAUGCGCUAGCCUCGCAGAGACGUAGGACUGGGUGUAGUUUUUAGUUCUGCCAGCCCUUUAAAGAUCCGUGUUCCGCUGCUGUGGCUUGAUAUGCUGGCUUCCAUGAGCCAUGCCUUUUGUAUAGCAAGAGUGAUAUUUUGCAAUUGCUUUUGUUGUUCUUCAGCAACAAUUGUGCAUGUGUCCACACCCUUCAUUUUUCUUUCUUUUUUAAAGAACACUUUAUAGGAUGACACUUUCUUGGUGGUUUGGGCUUUUAAUUCUGUGUGUGAUUACUACUGGAACAUUAAGUGUUACACUCUAAAUACUGGAGAAAAAUAAUUUUACGAAAAAAAUAUUCACCCAGGAGUAGCAUUGACUGAGAAGUUUUAAAUGAGUGGUGUGCUUAACAAUGGCCAGAUCUAGAUUUCAAGUUUAAGUCUGAGGUUUUUAAUGUUCUUGAGCUUAGAAAAUGUAGCGGGAUGCAGACAGGUCUUGAAUACCUUGACCUCUUGCUUAGAAAUCUCCUACUGCUCUAGGGCAAAUCUCCUCUUUGGUGGAAAUCCAUCAUUGUGAUGUGUAUAUUCUUUUUUCCCUUUUUACUGUAUUUAACUGUAUAUAAGCUGGCUGUCGUUUACUAUCUCUUUCUCGCGAAAUAAAGGAAUGCUUUAGUU